AUGGCGCAUGAUAGCGACCUUCCCUGCGACGGAGAUGGCUGCUGCAUGAUCUGCAAAAUCAACCCACCGGAAGAAGAGAAGAUUACCUGCAAGACCUGCGUCACUCCCUGGCAUCUUGAUUGUCUUUCAGCUCGUCCCCAAACCCUAGCCGAUGCUGCACAAUGGGAGUGUCCCGACUGUUCAAAUCUCAUUACUUCUCCGCCUCCCUCUAACGUCACAUCGGGAUCUGAACCGUCCGGUGCGCUUGUUGCGGCCAUUCGAGCCAUUGAGUCUGAUGUCUCACUCUCCGACCAAGAGAAGGCCAAAAGACGCCAGCAACUCUUGAGUGGAGGAGGUUCCGACGAUGGCGAUAAACCGGCCGAUGACAAAAUAGAGGCCGCCGGCGCCGGUGGUACCGAUGUUCUAAAGAUUCUCAGCAGUAGCUUUAACUGCUCCUUUUGCAUGCAGCUGCCGGAGCGACCAGUCACGACACCCUGUGGCCACAACUUUUGUUUGAAGUGCUUCGAGAAAUGGGUUGGCCAGGGGAAACGAACAUGUGUCGUUUGUAGAACUUCGAUUCCUCCUAAAAUGGCGAGUCAGCCUCGAAUCAACUCAUCCCUUGUUAUAGCAAUCAGAAUGGCGAGGAUGACAAAGUCAAAUGCUGCUUCAGGACCACCUAAAGCCUACUUUUCUGUUCUGAAUCAGAACAAACCAGACAAAGCGUACACCACUGAGAGGGCAAAGAAGACAGGGAAGGCUAAUGCAUGCAGUGGAAAGAUAUUCGUGACAGUUCCUCCAGAUCAUUUUGGACCCAUUACUGCUGCGAACGACCCAGAGAGAGGAAUGGGCGUUCUUGUUGGUGAAACUUGGGAGGAUCGUAUGGAAUGUAGACAAUGGGGGGCUCAUCUUCCUCAUGUUGCUGGGAUUUGUGGUCAAUCUGAAUAUGGUGCACAAUCUGUUGCACUAUCUGGAGGAUAUGAAGAUGAUGAAGAUCAUGGAGAGUGGUUCCUAUAUACAGGAAGUGGUGGAAGAGACUUGAGUGGAAACAAAAGGACAAACAAGACUCAAUCAUUUGAUCAGAAGUUUGAUAAAUCAAAUGAAGCCUUACGAGUUAGCUGCAAAAAGGGCUACCCUGUUCGUGUUGUAAGGUCACACAAGGAAAAACGUUCUUCUUAUGCGCCUGAGAAAGGGGUUAGAUAUGAUGGAGUAUACAGGAUUGAAAAAUGCUGGAGGAAACCUGGAAUUCAAGGAUACAAGGUAUGCAGGUAUCUUUUUGUUCGCUGUGACAAUGAUCCUGCUCCAUGGACAAGUGAUGAAAUUGGUGAUCGCCCAAGACCUUUACCUGUCAUCAAGGAACUCAAGGAAGCAACAGAUAUAACAGAUAGGAAGGGUCUUCCUUCCUGGGAUUAUGAUGAGGAAAAAGCUUCUUGGCUAUGGAAAAUUCCUCCCCCUGGAAGCAGAAAGCAUGCUGACACUGGUGAUAUGGAGGCUGGCAAAGUUCCAAGAACAGUCAGGCGUAAAACACAUAUGAUGUCUGUGAGUGAAAGACUCCUGAAAGAGUUUUGCUGUCUUAUUUGUCACAACGUGAUGAAUUUUCCUCUUACAACUCCAUGUGCACAUAAUUUCUGUAAGUCAUGUUUGGAGAAUGCUUUUUCUGGUCAAACCUUUAUAAAGGAGAGGACAUGUGAAGGGAGGCGAACACUUAGGGCACAGAAGAAUGUCAUGAAAUGCCCAUCUUGCACUAAUGACAUCUCUGAAUACCUCCAGAAUCCACAGGUGAAUAGAGAAUUGAUGAGUGUUAUUGAAUCACUUCAGAGGCAGACAAAAGAAGCAGAGGAAAGUGCAGGUUCUGGAGAAGAAAAUGACAAGUGUGAUGUUAUGGAAGAAGAUAAAGAUAAGGAAGAAAAGGAUAUGAUGAAUAUUGAGGUUGAUGAGAAAGUUGAAGAGUCAAAGGCUGAUGUGAAAGAUGAGAUGAUUGAGGCAGGUGAUGUAGGGAAAGUUGCAUCUGAUGAUUCAGCUGUUAAGGAAAAUGAUAACAAGGAAGCCAUUGAAAAGGCUUCACCAAAAGGUAAAGCUAAGGAAGCCAUUGAAAAAGCUUCUCCUAAAGGUAAAGCUAACAAGAAAAGGAAAGCAGCAGGUGUUACUGAUAACACACCUAAGAAGAAGCUACAUGAGGAGGAGUCUGCAAGUGUGAAGCCAGAAUUGACUGAAACAAAAGAUCCAAAGGUUGAUGAAGAAGGAAAGGGAGGCAACAAGACUACUCCAAAGAAGAAGAAGAAUGGUGGUGGAAAAAUUGCAGCUUCACCAUCACCUUCAAGUCCAGGAGCCAAUACCAGAAGCAAGAAGGCAGUGGCUCAGCAGGAUGAAUAG